GAGAGAAAAGAAAGCAAAAGUUGUAUAGCACAAGCAGAAUGGACAUGCUAAUUGGAUGCCUGCACAUCCAAAUAGCCCUUGUCAUCCUGCUCCUGCUUACCCAGACCAGCUCCACGGAGACCUCGUCCUACGGCAAGAACACAGCAAGCUGUUUCGUGAGCGAGAGGUCUGCUCUUCUCGCCUUCCGUGCAGGUUUGUCGGACCCUGCAGAGCGCCUUUCGUCAUGGAAGGGCGAGCGCUGCUGCCAGUGGAAGGCCGUGCAGUGCAGCAACAGAACCAGUCAUGUUAUAAAGCUUGACCUCCACAGCCAUGCUUGGUCGAUUUAUUUCAAUGGAAUAAGAGCGUACACAGAGCCUGAGGAUGCACUGGGAGGCAGCAUAAGCUCCUCGUUGCUGGGCUUACGACACCUGCGGUAUCUCGACCUGAGCCGAAACAUGUUUGUUGGAGCACGAAUCCCGGAGUUCUUGGGCUCUCUCCCCAAGCUGAGAUACCUUGACCUAUCUGGUGCAAGAUUCGUUGGAAUGGUACCACCACAAUUGGGUAAUCUCUCCAAUUUACGCUAUUUAAAUCUCGAUUCAGAUUAUGGCGAUGUGUAUUCCAAAGAUAUCACCUGGUUGUCACGGUUGUCUUCUCUUGAGAACCUAAGGAUGGCGAAGGUGAAUCUCAGUACUGUCACAGGCUGGCCUUCGGUGGUGAACAUGAUUCCAUCUCUUAGAGUCGUCGAUCUGUCUGGAUGCGAGCUUAGUGACAGCCCUAAUCCUCCCUUGCACAAUAACCUAACAUCUCUUGAAACUCUCAACAUAAGGAAUAAUGAUAUCUAUGAGCAGAUUGCGACAAACUGGCUUUGGGAUCUAGCUAGCCUCAAGUAUCUAGAUAUCUCAUACAACAGUUUCUAUGGCCCGCUGCCGUACAAGAUAGGUAAUUUGACCUCCAUCGUGGAGCUUCGGUUACCAGGGAAUAAUCUUGUGGGCAUGAUACCAUCUAAUAUGAAGAACCUGUGCAAUUUAAAGGCGCUAGAGUUGACUUCAAACAACAUCAAUGGGAGUAUAACAGAAUUAUUUGAUCAGUUACAAGGUUGUUCAUGGAAAAGCCUAGAAACACUUUUCAUACCAAACUGCAAUCUAACUGGAAGGCUGCCAACUACACUGGAACCCUUAAGAAACCUGAGCAUUCUGGAUCUCAGUGGUAACAAGCUCACAGGUCCAGUGCCACUUUGGAUAGGAGAGCUUGCCAAUCUAACAGAGUUGACACUCAGCUACAACAAACUGGAUGGGGUUAUACAUGAAGGACAUCUAUCAGGCCUUUAAAGACUAGAGAAAUUGUGUUUAUCAGGCAACCCUAUAGCUAUCACUGUGAAUUCAACUUGGGUUCCUCCUUCCAAUUUAACGAACAUCCAACUUCGGUCCUGCUGGGUAGGCCCUAAAUUCCCAACUUGGCUUAGAUGGCAAACAAGUUUAUUCAAUCUUGAUAUCUCAAACACAAGCAUAUCUGAUGUGGUUCCUGAUUGGUUUUGGAAAUCAGCAUCUUCAGCAACGAUUAUAAAUAUGAGACAGAAUCAGAUUCAUGGAUCCCUCCCAUCCACAAUGGAAUUCAUGGCAGUAAUUGACAUGGACUUGAGCUCCAACCAAUUAAGUGGCCCACUACCUAAGCUUCCUACCACUCUAAGCAGCUUAGAUAUAUCUAAGAACAAUUUAUCUGGGCCUCUGCCAUUAGACUUAGGAGCAUCAGAGCUAGCAGUACUUAUUCUAUUUGACAAUUCCAUUUCUGGUGCAAUUCCAUCCUCUUUGUGCAAAAUACAGUCUCUACAGCUGUUGGAUAUCUCAGGAAACAAAUUAACCGGGUCAAUUCCUGAUUGCAUAGUCAAUUCAAGCGCCAAGAACUCCACACAAUUGAGGAUUUCUAAUUUAAGCCUAAGAAACAACAAACUAUCAGGAAAAUUUCCUUCAUUUCUUCAGAAGUGCAAAAAUCUUUUCUUUCUUGAUCUUGCUCAUAAUCAAUUUUCUGGGACACUACCGGCAUGGAUUGGGGAAGACUUGCCAUUUUUGGUAUUCUUACGGUUGCGGUCCAAUUUGUUUUCUGGUCAUAUUCCAGUUGAGCUCACAAAACUAGUGGCUCUUCAGUAUUUUGACGUUGCAGACAACAACCUAUCAGGUGGCAUACCAAAAUCUAUGGAGAGUUUUCAUAGAAUGAGGAUCAAGCAGGAUAACGAACAAAAUUUUUCCAUGGCUAUUACUUUUGGCACAGGCCUUGAAGAGAAUGAAUUGAACAAUUAUAUUGAGAAUGUCACAGUAGUCACAAAAGGUCAGGAACGACUAUAUACGGGCGAAAUUAUAUAUAUGGUGAAUAUUGAUUUGUCCUGCAACCAUCUUACUGGGGAGAUUCCUGAAAUGGUUAGCACUCUUGUUGCACUGACAAACCUAAACUUUUCAUGGAACAGCUUGAGUGGAGAAAUUCCUGAGAAAAUUGGCUCAUUGUCCCAAUUGGAGUCCCUCGAUCUGUCACACAACAUGCUCUCUGGUAUGAUUCCCAAUAGCAUAACAUCUCUUACCUACUUGAGCCACAUGAACUUGUCCUACAACAAUCUUUCUGGAAGAAUACCAAAAGGAAAUCAACUUGAUGUUCUUGAAGACCCUGCCUCCAUGUAUAUUGGGAACAUAGGUCUUUGUGGGGAUCCUCUACCAAAUUGCUCUGUCAAUGCUGACCCUGGAAUUCGUCGAGAUGAUUUGGACAAGGUGUCCUUUCUGCUCGGCAUGAUCAUUGGUUUUGUGGUUGGCCUCUUGCCAGUAUUCUACUUGAUGCUCUUCAGUAGUAGAUGGAGAAAUACUUACUUCGCCACUGUUGACGGCUUGUACGACAGAGUGUAUGUUCAAGUAGCUGUAGCUUGCAGGAGGCUAUGAACGGCAAGUUAGUUAUGAAUGGCCAGUAUAAGUUAGUUAUUUAAUAGAUCCUUGCAAAAAAAAUUAGAUAAGUACCCUGUCUGGCAAUAAAUAUCUGGUGAUUAGGAUUGAAA